GGCAGCCCAACCUCCCGCGACCUUUCAACAAUUUCUUGAGUUAGGCGCUUGGAGAACUUGCUGGCUUCUGAGGCCAGCGUGGCUGCACGGGAAAUGUAGCGGUCCAUUUUAAUCUCAUGGAAAGCAAAUUGCGAUCUCAAUGACUAGUGCCUUGCUGUGGACCUUACAGUCAUGUGACCAGCGCGAGAUUGGGGAUUGCUGUCAGCGUUCGUCGUCGAUUGGCAGCCCAUUGAAUCCCCGCCAUGCAUUUUCUUGCAAGGGCAUGUCCAACCGUUCUCUCUUUCCGACAGCUCAUGCCCAUAUGCCUCGUCCAACCGGCAUCCCAGCUCGGUUUAUCGUCCUUGCUGCCUUCUCACUUGCCCUCCUCCUCUUGUCGCUGGACUCGUUUUUCAAUCGCUCGCAGGAUGCGAAAGGUUGCCAUAUGACGUACAUGCACCCGGACUACGUCCGUGUAGAUUCGUUUGUACACUCUAUCCCUAAAUUGAGAAAGUAUGCACUGUAUCUUUACAAGGAAAGGGAUGGGAGAAAUAUUGGGGACAAGCCAGUGGGUGUACCAGUCCUCUUUAUUCCUGGCAAUGCGGGGAGUUACAAACAAGCCAGGUCGCUUGGGUCAAUCUUGUCAGGCCACUAUUGGGAUCUCUUGAAUGGGCUAAGUUGGGACGAAAAGCAACGGCUUGCUCCAUUUGACUUGUUUACUAGUAGUCGAUACAAAUGAAGAACUGGCGGCCUUCCAAGGUCACCUUGUUCAGGACCAAGCCGAGUACGUCAAUGAAGCCAUCAAAUAUAUUCUGUCGUUAUACACCUCUCCCGGCCAGCCAAGCCCACAACGCACAUCAAUGGCCCUUGUUACUCAUUCUAUGGGCGGCAUUGUUGCUCGUACACUCCCUACGUUAGCAACAUACAGCCCCGAAUCAGUACAUACCAUCAUUACUCUUGCCACGCCCCACCUCUCGCCGCCCGCACCGCUGGACUGGACCAUGAAAAAGUUGUACCGACGCAUAAAUCUUUUCUGGCGAACGGAACUGGUCCGUUCGAAUGAAACCCUUCUAUCCAAUAUCGUGCUAGUAUCUAUUGCAGGCGGAAACCAGGAUACAAUGAUCUCUUCUGACGCAGCGGAGACUGGUCUUAUAGUCCCACCUUCCCAUGGGUUCACGGUUUAUUCAACGGGUAUCCCGUUUGUUUGGACCGCUGCGGAUCAUAAAGCGAUCUUGUGGUGUAAUCAGCUGAUGAAAGUUUUGGUUCGGGCAUUGUUUGCAAUUGAGAAACGGGGUAGGGUCGGUAGUGUGGAAGAGCGAAUGACUAUCUUGGGCAGAGCUUUGAAAAGUGGGAUCGGCGAGCAUACCGUGAGAGGACCACUGGAUGAAUCGCUUCGCUCCGACCUUCCUAUCCAUCUACUCAACCGUAUCCAGGGACACAACCUCACUCUCUCCGGAACCAGUGAGACAGUUUCUCGCGGGCUGUACACCUUAGAACUGCCGCCGCCGUCGACCAAACUUGACACUUUUACUUUCGUCACAAGCGUUCAGCCGACCGAAGUUGAAGUCCUUUUUUGCGAAAAGGAAAGUGAUGAAAGCGGCUCAUACCCGAAGGCAUGCCGCAAGGUCAGUAACUGGGUUGUACCACUCCCUGGUGAGCCUGUUCUCUAUCAUGGGUUUGUCCCAUUGAAUCAACUGGAGGGUAUGGGACUUGUGGCUGUGAAUGUAAGGUCGUGGCAAAGCGGUUUCUUUGCGGGGGAGAUGGUGAAGGAAGCCGAUGUGAAAUUUUCGAAGGAAGUCUCUAUUACGGAUGUGUUAACCAGCUUUGAUAUAACCCUUCCGGUGAAAGCAACGCUCAGUCGUCUGCGGAUACCCAGCAUGACGAGUAGUCUGCUAAAGUACCACAUACAGUGGCGGUCGGCUUGUCCAAAUGGCCCUCCGCUAUUCUCUCCCGUCAUUCACCAGUCCUUUCCGCCUUUCUCAGAAGAAAAAUUUCUCCGCAAUAGCGGAGGUGACUGGCUGUCCUUCUACGGCGAUCCCCAAUAUACUGCGGCUGUACCCGGUCUUACAGGCCUGGAACUUCGCGUAUGGUCUGACAGAUCAUGUAUACUUCAUGUUAGGAUGUCUGUUGAUUGGAGAGGCAGUAUGGGACGAUUGGUAGGACGGUAUAUGAUGAGCUGGAUGGCGUUUCUCGUUGGCAUUGCCAUUGCGGGAUCCGGUAACAUCUGGGCUAGAAAUAUAAAUGGUCGGAAUUCGUCCUUCCUUGCAGCUGUCACCAGCCUUCCCCACCUGCCCAUCUCUGUCAUUCUGUACCUUUUUGGCAUCUUUCAAACACUCCUGGUAUCCCUCCCUCUCCGGGUCCCUCUUGCAACACACAUUGGUGGACUGCUGCUGGGUAGUCGCGGAAUGUGGGGGGCGAUCUUGGCACCGGCCAUGUACGUCGUUUCUGUUGGGUUAACUGUCGUUAUUUAUGGGAUUUUGGUGGCCGUUGGAUAUUUGCUUGGUGCCGGUCUGGGGUGGAUCUGGAGACGUUGUGUUAGAAGGCUUCACCUUACGUUCGGUCCUACUGGUUACCUGAUUAGUUUCGUUCUCGGUUGCUGCCUUGUACCCCACUAUGUCUUCUGUACCCUAGCUCUGCUUCUUGCUCUCCUCGCCCACAGUAAUCAAAAGACGCUAUCCCAACAGCAUCUUCCAAUUACCCUGCUUCUCCUCCUCCUCCAACCCUACUCAAUUCCUGCCGUUGUCAUAUGGGCGCGUGACGCCUGGGAGGGCCGGGUGUGGACUGGGAAUCUGAACCCAUUUGUGGGCCUUCUUGUGCUAUGGGUCGGGGUCGAGGACGUGACCGCUCUGCCUGAGGGGCUUCGGAAUGUAACAACGUGGGGUGUAUGGAUAAUGAGUGGGCUCGUGAUUCUCUAUGGAUCGAAGCAUACGUAUGUGGGAUUUUGGGCGAUCUGUGCGCUCUUCCUUUGGGCGUUUGUUGUAAAGCAACAAAGUGCUGGGUGGGUCAAGAGAUGGGUGAAGAAAGAGAGGUAGUGACACCGAGUUACUCAGAAACGCAUCAUUGCGCAUGGCGCUCGGUUCUUGUCUCUUACAGGGACAUGAUCUGGGUGUAUGAUGACCCCGAUGAACGCAUUUGGAGUCUGCGUGCCUUCCGCAUGAGGAUUCCUACGUUCAGAUUGUCCCUUCCGAAGGGCUCGUGUGGUUGGGACAACGGCUGCUGGAACAAAUACCCCAAGCAGCGGUCACAUUUACAAGCUUUCUUUAUUAACUAUGGACACAACUGUUACAAAUCUUUUCGAGUUUGCCAAUGUCCGCGCAAACCAAUUUUGCCGGCCAACCGGUCUGUACAAAUAUCUAAACAAAAUGAUCCGCCUCUCGGCUUCUACAAUCC